AUGGCUGACCGUCAGACUCCAGAGGAACCGCGGCGUGUGUCGAAAGCAUGCGACGCCUGCCGGCUCCGUAAGGUCAAGUGCAACGGCCAGCAGCGCUGCCAGCAGUGCAACCAUCUCAACCUCAAAUGCAUCUACUCGGCCGCGAAAGUAAGAAAGAACGGCCAGCGGGGGAGCGUCAUCUCCGGCUACCGCAACAGCCGGCAGAACGCUCCAUCUUCAUCGCAGCCGUUGAAGCCCGCCAUCAUGCCGUGCAUCACGCCUUCAACAAGCAGCUUGACAGAUUCUCCUGAAGAUGGCUUCUCCGACCCAGUCAGCUCGCCGGCUGAGGGUUUAGAGACGGCCUUCUUUCUCGAGAUGCUUCCGGACUACCAGGCUUCUGUCUACCCUGUCAAUCCCAUCAUCACUGAAAUGGAGGCCAGGGAGUCCAUUCUGCGCAUGCACACUGAUAUCGAGCAUUGUGCGUUUGCGUAUGCCUUCGCCGCGGUAACCAUGAACUUGACCAAGACCGGACCAGACACGUCCCCUGAUGUUACGAAGCAAGUCUAUGACCUCUGCAGGCGGGCCGUCGAGCUACGGGGACCCAUUUUACCUAACGAACGCAUUACCACACGGAAAAUCAUGGUCUCAAUGUUCGUGCACAACUGCCUGAUGACCCUCCAGCACAUCGACAUGGCCUUUUUCUACAUGCGUGAAGCCAUCACCAUGAUCCUGAUGCUGCGUGUCGACGACGACGCCGCCAUGGCCAAGCUCACCGCAACCGAGCGCGCGCGGUGCCAGCGCCUCUACUGGCUUGCCUUCGUACAUGAGCGAUUUCUUGCCAUUGGAGAACACCGCCCGGUAGUACUCAGCCCUCUGUCCGCCCUUCCGGAGUUUGACAGCAGCAUCUCCAUCAUUGUACACGAAGGCUUCACCCAGAUCAUCAAGCUGUUCUCUCUCGUGGACGGCGGCUUUUUGAACAACUGGCUCAGCCUCCAAUCCCCUUCCAACUCCUCGCUAAGCAGCACCUGGAUCGAAGAUAUGCACAAGCGCCUCGACAACGAGGAAGAGAGUUCUGAAACCACCGCUUUCUUGACAGAAAUGCAACAGGCUGACCUCAUCAUCACUCGGCAAUGGCUCCGCAUGCUUGUCUGGCAGAUGGCGAUGUCGAAGUGUCUGCUUUCUUCCUUCAGUCAGAAAGAAUGCAUGUCCCUCCUUUUUCCGGUGCGGCUGUCUAGUCGAAUCCGUGCGGUAAUAAGCACAAUGAGCAGAGAGGCAAUUGAGAUCCAUGGUAGCGGCAUUCUGCAGAAGCUGUUCGAGCUCACAGACACGAUCGCAGACGUCAUCAUCCACGUCCCAGCUGCGACGUUGCAAGAAACAUUCAACAGAGUCGAUGACUUUCUCUUCCUCCUCCGUUUCCUCUUCACUUUCCCAAGAUUUAGUGCGGUGCAGAAGUCGCUUUUGCAGAAGAAACUGGAACAGCUACAGCAGCUGUUUCCGUACAUUGCCGGUCCGGGCGAAGGAGUUGCUAUUCCACCUGCAGCGGUAAGCCCGGGAACAAAUUAUACGACCGCCGAGAACAUGAGUCCGCAGCAGCCAUGGCUACACAUGGCGAGGAGCAUGUUGCCGCAGGGGCCGAUCAGUCCGCCAAUGUCCCUACCGGAGAUUAUCAAGACCCAACACCAGGGAAUGAGUGACGGACUGGGUGCCACUGUUGGCGCUGGGGGAACCGGUGGCGGAUUACAGGUGCCGGACGGCCAGGCGCAGUUCCAAGACGAGAUGUGGCAGCUGAUGACCAGGAGGCUAAGUGCUGCUGGGCAGGAGAUGUGGUUUGAGUGA